AAGCACUGUGACUCGUUUUCAUAUAUAUGUGUGUGUGUGUGUGUGUGUGUGUGUGUGUGUGUGUGUAGUGUCGUGACUCCCACUUCACCCUUCAGAAUCUGAUCUGUCUAUUGAAGACUGAGAAUCUGAUCUCAUAUAUAUAUUUUAUAUUUGUUCCAUUUUCGGCUAUCAAGUCGAUCUCUUCCUGUUAUCUUCUGGCACAUGGAUUAUCAUAUUGUAAUAACUUUGAUUUUAUUUUACUCAUUUUGCCUGUACGUAGUUUGCUUUCUCCCGAUUCCUCCACAUUUCUUGCUGAGACGUUUAUUGUGGUGCUCACUCUGCCUCUUUGAGCUUAGUCAACCAAUUAGAUUGAGAUGUUUAUUCUGAUUCUUACUGCACACUCUAAAUCUUGUGAGUGGAAUUUCGAGUAUUGCUCUAAAUUCUCUGGUUUUGCCAAAAAGUAUACGCAAAUUUGGACAGGUGAUGUGCAGAUGUUCCAAACCAUUGUUCAAGUUCCGAAGGUAAUACUUUCGUACAAUCCCUGGGUCGACGAAUUGAGAAAAUUCGUUUCAUCCUCCCUUGGUUCAUGCCUGGAAAAGAGAACGGAGGCUCAGGUCGCUAGAAUCACCUCUGCUACCCAUGCUACUGUGAGCUGUUGCUGGACGAUUUCCCUAUUUUCCUGCACCACCUUGUCAAUUUUGCUGUUAUUGUCGACCACGGCGGGGGCGUUUUUUCGUACACCUCUGUGCUCCUCAAGUUCUCUGUCUUGGUUAUUGGGCAAUUGCCUUAUCAUCGUUUUUGCCUGAAAAGCCUUAGGCUUGCUAGAUUGUACUGGAAUGGUCAUGAGAAGUUAGUGUUCGAUCGAAGACCGGGAAGGAAAGAGGGGUGCUUUUAACGAUCCAGAGGUAGAGCAGCAUAUAAAGUCGAGAUCUU